AUGUUCGAAACUACGACUUGGACAUUCCGAAAGGUUCUUGAAUGAUAGUAACAAAAGGAGAGUUUCACAGGUUUCUGGAAAGUUUACUUCGAUAUUUAAAAGAAGAAAGUCAAGUUCGAAAAGUAAUCUGAAGAUGAACCCAGAUAUGCCGUUUGUUUCAGUUUCAGGCGUCGAUUUGAUUUUCCUAUGUGUUCCUCGUAAACCCAGUUUUUUUAGUUACGCGAAGUUUUCAAAUACCCUAUGAAGAAGCUUCCGAGAUCAGUUCUCAUUUGAUUAAAUGUAACGUUUUCUUCUUCAAACUGAAGAAGUUCUUUCGAAAAAAGGAGAGACCACGAAGGAAAUUUGAAUUUUCACUAUCAUCACCCAACUUUUUUAGCCGUCAAUACUUUCUUAAAAUAUAGAGGAAUCCUUAUUUGAAUCGGUUUCAGGUUUCUCCAGGGCAAGUUCGUCAUGAAAUUAACCUAGAAGAACUAGUAACGUUGUAUGAUUGCAGAAGCACCGGAAAAAGCCUGGUUUUCCAACAAAGAAGGACCAGAAAGGCCUCUGGGGCUCGUGGUUUUUCAUCUGCUCGCUCGUCGACGGAUGGAUAGCCGCGUUGCGGGUGUAACAUGCUGUGUAGCGACUUCUAUCUUUACGUAGGGUGGGUGUAGGGCGGUACGGUACCGAAUGGCCGUGGGCGGGAGAGGCGUGGCGGCUCCGCGGCACCUUCACUCGCCACUCUCCACCAGAAGCUUCUCCGUGCCUCGACCGUCUCCGACGAACACAACACAGCCAAAAUGGACGCCAUCAAGAAGAAGAUGCAGGCCAUGAAGAUCGAGAAGGUUUUCCUUGCCCUUUUCUCUUCUUCCUUCAUGGGUAUUUCUGUUUAUCGUUAUUCUUCGGUUUUUUGAUGGUUAACGGGAGUUUUCGUUAUCAAUCUUGAUAAGCCCAAAAAGGCUGAUCAUAUCUAUUUUUUUUCUUUUCGUUAUAGAUCAUACCCUUUCCUUCCGUUUUCUGGCUAUUUUCGCUUGAAAAACAUUAUAUAUUAUUCGAUCUACUUAUAAUGAUUUACAUGAUCGAAGGAAAGUUUUUUUGAUAAUAAUAUUUUUUUGAGUUUUUAAAUCAUUUAAAGACCUGUUGAAACUUAUCGAUUUCAUUACUUCGCUUCAUUUUCAUAGUUGAUUAUAAUAUUUUGUUUUAUUUUUUACUUUUAGUUUUCCAAUAGAUUUGGCACUGUGAAAUGAGAAACAGAAGAGAUCAUGAGAAUGAUGGAAUCGAUAGGAUGUGAUGAAUCGAUCAAAUCCAAAAGUUCGGAAGCGGCCGCAGCAAACGGGUCCGCAAGCCAAUUACACUUCUAGGGACAUUUUCAACUCAUAAUCUCAGCAUCCUAGGCUAGUUACAGCUUUUCCUCCACCCAAAUGUCAUUCGAGGAAGUCAAAGAAGAUUCUAAGGAAAUCUAUGCCCAGUUCAGUCUAAGAAUGAAAUUGAACAUGUUCAACAUCUGGUUUUUGCCGUUUAAAAAAAAGACGUACACUUUUUAAGCCUGUGAAAACAAAUGGAGGAUAAAUCCUAGGAUAUUAGAUUUUUGGAUAUUUUCUGCCAAGAGAUGAUCUCGUUAUCAACUUUCCAACUUAUCUCUUGUUUUCGAAAACCUAUGAUAAGAGUUGAAGCCGAGAGCAUGACUGAGGACCAGAGCAGCCAAGCCAAGAGAGACGCCGUUGAAUCGACGCUGUAACAAGGCGUCGAGUCUUACAACGGCUUUUGUUGGGCUCGGCAAGAGUACGUUGGCAGCCUUGCCACCAGCCUCCAGCUUUUUUUUCCCCUUCGUGGAAAAAGCUUUUAAGACGAGCGUGGACUGUAAAAAUUGUCCAUAUGGCAUCUGGUCAUAAAGUUCAUCAAGAAAAAUCAAUGAAAAUAGCGGUUUACCUACUGAGUAACGCCGUAUUCGAAGUAAUUUUCGCGAAAUUCAAAAUUAUCUCUGACUCUCCAAAAUUUAAUUAUCUUUUCGCCAUUUCGGCAGCUACUUUGAUUUUCGCGGAACCACUUCGAAUACCCCAUAAGAAAAAAGCUGAGAUUUUGCGAAAAUCAAAAAUUAUCGUCGUUUAUUGCGUCGAGUACGCAAGCAGUGGACUCGACGCUAAACAUUUUUUCAAAAGUCUAAAAUCAUAUGAAAUCUUCAAAAAUUUUAAAGGGUAUUUAUAAAGAUAAAAAUAACAAUAAAGAUAUUCUUUUGCUUUUUGGUCAUCUUGUCAAGUUUAAAACAUAAGGUGGAUGGAUAUUCGAAAAAUAUAGAUGAAUCCAAUCGCGAAGAUACCCACAAGGGUUUCUAGGAGCUUUUUCAUUUAGUUGAACUUUUUUUUUCAAAACCGUGUUACCAUAGACCCGAAAUUCCAUCUUCUAACUCGCUGAAUCCUUGAAAAAUCGCAUUAGGCUCAAAAAUCGGUACCUAAACUGGUUUUUCGCACCGACGCUUUUUGAUUUUUUUAAUUCUUUUCCUUGAAUGAUAAGACUUUUGUGCGUAUUUCUUUCAUUUCUGUUCAAAAUCUUUUCACAAUUUUGACUUAGACUAGCCAUUUUUUAUUUGUUUUUUAUUUGACAAAUUCGUUUGUGCUCAUAACGAAAGGAGAAAUAUUUAGGGGGAUUUAAUGUGAUGUUACUCGUUACUCGUUAUGUUUCUCACAUAGGCUUCUGCUUUUUUGAUGGAGAAUUUCCAUCAUUUUUAGCGAACAUUUUUUUGAAAUGCUAGCCGUGUCCUGAAAGGCGAGAAAACAUAAACAUCGAGAAAUUUUCCCCUCCAUUUCUAUUCUUUUUUGAUGAUUCACUUCUACAUUUUUUUUUUCUUUCCUGGUUCGGUUUUUAAAACAAAGCCGAACGACAGAUAGGAAAGGAAAGGGGCCAAGUGCUCGUCUUACAAUUCGAAUUCAUAAAAUAUAUCUGAAUUUGGUUUCAAGCUUGUGAGUAUUAUCUACGUAGAAGUUUUUAUUUUUAGUCAUGUAUUAUUCAUGAGAUAUUUUUUUUUAAAUCUAUAUUCUUUUAUACUGCAUUUCCAAUGUUCCCGAGACUAUCUUGAAUUUCGAAUAUUAUUUCGAUUUCAGGACAACGCUCUCGAUCGGGCCGAUGCCGCUGAAGAAAAAGUGCGACAGAUCACGGAGAAACUCGAGCGAGUCGAGGAGGAGCUCCGCGAUACCCAGAAGAAGAUGAUGCAGACGGAGAACGACCUCGACAAGGCUCAGGUUCUUUUUUCCCUCCAAAAAAAUGAUUGAUCUGACUUUGAAGAAGUGAAGACACGAUUUAUUAGGGAAAAAAAACGAUAAAAAGACAUGAAGUAGAACGAUUUUGAAAACUUUCAGUUAUCUGGUUUUAUAAAAGUAGAAGUUAGAAUUGAAAUCUCGAAUAAAAGUCCACUGAGUAACUGAAACAGGCCAUAUCUUUCAGGAAGACUUGUCGACGGCGACGACCCAGCUCGAGGAGAAGGAGAAGAAAGUCCAGGAGGUAUGUUAACUUCCUUCAUUUGCUCCAUUUUUGUCCAACUUUUUUUUAAUCCGCAGCCAAUUUGGUUGGUUUUGUGCCGUUUCAGGUCUUUCAGAAACCAACACAAUGCAUCUUCGGUUCAGGUUAGUGACCAAAAAUGUCAUUUGUUAUGUUGAAAAAUUCAAAUUAUCUUUCGCUACACUUUUGAACCUUUUCAAAAAAAUACUAAAAAAAAUCAGAUGACAGCGAUUUCCUUAAAUUUUCUCGCUUUCAGUCCUUUGAUUUCAUUAAGACACUUUGCGUUUCUUUUUGCUCCCGCUAUGGGAGAACUCUGAGGGAAUCACAAAAGUAUGAAGAGGAUUUCGCGAUCAUUUUGACCCUUUCAUUUAACCGGAGCGCUCUAUUUGUGUGAGGUAAUGGCCAGGUGCGCGGUGCCUCUGGAAAACCAGUUCCUCGCAGGAUUCCCUCACGUCUUCUUCAUUUGCACCACUUUCAGUCGUGUUACUUUUUUGGCUUCAUCCACUAGAAAUCCGAUACGAACAGAACUAAGUUUCAAUUUUAAGUCUAGGUUUCCAUUCGCUUCGGUUACUUGCAUUUUUAUCUGCAAAUAUAACUUUUUUUUUCAUUUCGAAAAUUCUCAAAAACUAUUCACAUCCUUCUAUAUAGCGCCACGUGGUGUUCAUUGCCCUAAUUUAUAUUUUUCGUUUCAAACCGGUAACCUUGAGCAGACUGCAACUUGCUAAGAAUUUUGAGCAGACUAUAAUUUCCUCGUAAUAUUUAAUUUAUUUUGACAUUCCGAAAUUAUUAUUUAAUCAUUGUUUUUCCUAGAAUCAUAGCGUCUUUCUUUUUUCCUACCUCGAUUAAAUGUUCCAUUUCUCCGUUAGUCUGAAUCUUCGAUGUCAGACUUUUUUUUUCUUAGUUUUCUUAGGAUCGACAGUAAACGGAUACUAUUUCUGUCCUUUCUUUUCAAAUGAACAAACGGAAACUUUUCGUUGCAUUGUAAGUUUGAGGCAAAAAAUAAACUCACAAUGUUUUUUCCAAAGAACGAGAAACUCGAAUGUUUACCGAAGAAUCUCUGGGUUCUCCGUCUUUGAUCAGUGUUUCGACGCCGAAAAGGAACAAGCCCUUUUUAUCAUUGGCCACACAAAAAUGCGGCGCACAGCAUUUCCCUUUUUUAUCUAGAAGCGUUACAUGACGUGUAGGCAUUUUCGAAGUUUAGGCUUGGCAUCCGUCUCAACUUCAAGUUUUUUCCGAGCUAAUGCUCCUAAUUAAAAAUUAGAUAAAGUUUGAUCUUCUCAGCGAAUUUUCUCAUUAGAUCCCUCGCCACGGCAAAAGUGUAAAACGAGCGCGACGCCUAGAGUUAUUCGGAGAACCGCCGCGCUCCCGAAUACCGGCGCUGUUUCGACGCCAAGAGGUUUUUCCGUUGUAAUCACCCGCAGAAGCUCUGCAACACACUUUGUGUGUGUGUCUGCUUCUGUUUGCUUUACACAAGGCUUGGCACAACCCACGCAAUACCGCGGCUCCCGAGAAACUCAAACGAACGUGGUUCUGUCGAUGGCAGGACACGGCUCAAAGUUCUUCGAGUGAUACCCAGCCAGAAAUGGUGCGUCAUCGCAACGAGGCUGCGCUUUUUGGCAGCCGUGGCCACUUAGAUUCCGCUUGCUUUUUAGACAAAGCGAUCGCUAUUAGUUGUUGACGGAUUUAUGGAACCGUCAUACCAGCCAACGAGGUCUGGCAUAAUAAAUUUUUAUAAGUAGACCAAAGGAAUUGUGAAUCUGAGUGACAGAUUCACUUUUGAAGUAUUUUGUCAGCCAUAAGAGACUUUUUUCGUUCGAAGAGGACUCUACUUUCAAUGAGCUCGUUUAUUUUCAUAUGGAUCUUCUUAUGAGAAAACUUUAAUUCUAUUAGUUGAAAAUUUCAUUAUCUAUUUUGACGAUAGAGCUUUAUCAGAAAAUUUACAAAAAGAAAAAAAGUUGAGUAAACCCAGUUCGAGGUGGUCUGGUUCUCGGGAGACUGCGCGGAAGAUGAUGAGGCCAGAAUGAGGACGUCGAGGGACAAUAAUAUACAUACAUACAUGGUCCUCGACCGACACAUUGUUGUACUCUCCCGCUCGAGUCUUUCUGUGUGACAGGUUGAAGGCCGAACGGCGGUUUUCGCCUUGCCAUCAAGCUUUGAGGCUGUCAAGCACAAACACGCUCCGUUGGAACUUUCUGCCAGCCGCAUUCUUCGCUAA